AACAAAUUUAUUCAAAAGGGAGUAAAAUACGCUAUAGUUAUGUUUUCCAAUGCGCAGUCACAUCAGACACAACGGACAGACUAAAUGGCAUUUAGUAAAGCAGGUAAUAUCAGUUGAAGCAUUAAAAAAACUAUUAUCCGCGUGAUGCAAUACAAGCGCAAUCUGGCUCACACAUUUAUUACCUUUUUUUUAAGUGAAAUUCUUCCAAAAGCUAAUGCGUCAUUUUGUCUUUGCUAUUGCCAACGAUAAUCACAAUACAAAAUGCCAGUUGACAAGAGCAGGAUUUACAGUGCGCAGAAAGAUGUGCAGUCCAUGCAGUUUCCUUUUUUUUUUCCUCAGCCUUUAAGUUGUCCGUUUCCGGAAGUGCACUCUUGGCUUCGAGGCGUCUUUGCGGAAUACCUCCUCGGCACGCCCCCCGUUGCCAAGUCUGGAGAUAAGAAAGGCAGCGGGUUGCCAGGAUUUCAGGUCAGUCGCGGUUGCCGCUGCAAGAAUGACGCAUCGAAGCAGCGCACAAGAUUCAACUGCUCACGCAGGCUUCACGUCACAGACCGCAUUUUUCGGUUGCCAAGUUCGGGGUCUCAAUCUGCAGCAAGCGACUGCGUCAACGUCGACUCUCUCGCUGCUGGUGCCAGUCCAGACACGCUAGUUUUCUCACCUCUAUCGGUAGCAGCAUUCCGCAGCGCCCUCUGACAACCGUGCACCUGCCAGGAUGUCCGAGCCGACGGACCAACUUAACUCUGCGGAGCUUCCGUCGACCAGCUGCGGUCACUUGACAACGAUUCAAAUGUCACGAGGAAGUGAACCGUUGGUCUGGUACGACGAACAUGCCGCCACAUUCCGAGUCUCCACUUACACCCCCAGCACCGGCACAAUUUUCCCGCCGAGCAGCCCGAUCAUGCAGACAGUGAUCUGGCCGAACUGGGCACCGCCAUCCACGCCGUGGAUUCCCUGGCCUCCUGUCUUUCCGUACUCGCACAUUAGGUGGUUGUCCACACCGUGGCCCGCAGCUUCGCUAGCAGAAGCACCUCCAAUGGUUUGCAGGCCAUCUCAUCGAGGCCCUCUUCAUCCCAGUCUCCCACACCCGCCCAGGCUCUCUGAUGGGCCAUCGGCAAACACGGGUGGACGAAGCCAUCUCCCGAGGGCCCCCCUACCCAGUCCACUUUCCAGUGCCUCCUCUUCAUUAUCAGAUGACGACGAUGCAUGUGAAGGCGCAGACCUCGACAGUGUGAAGCUUUUUAUUCCUUCCGAAGAGGGCGAUUAAAACAACUGUCAUCCACUUCGGUCACUGACCAUCAAGUCCA